GAAAUGCAACCAGAAUUAAAUUGCGAUCAUGUGCUGGAAAUUUGUUGUACUUUUUUGCUGGAUCGUAACACAAUACAAGCAGGAAGUCAGGAAAGAGAAUAAAGCCAACGGAGCAUUUAGACGCAGUUUAUCUUAUCGACAAUGCAGAGGUAAGAUUGUGUAACUGAUAGGCCUACGCAAGUUCAUACAUUAAAGGUUAUGAGCCACACUAAACAUAACUUAUUAAUGAAUAUGUGUGCAGCACCUUACAAAGCAACGGACUACCAACAAAGGAUGAGCAACACUAACAUGGACCAAGAGCCAGCCGAACAUAAUGCUGUCAUCCCAACGUGGCCCAAGUUUCUCUUGGCUGUUUUGACAUUGUUGGGAGUCUUUAAGGGUCGUCCAUUAGACGCUUGCAGACCGUGUUAUGAUUGCCGCCACAAACGAGGAGAUGGUGGUAAAUCAAGUAAGGUUGAUACAGACUGCGAUGCAGAAUCCAGCAGUGGUGAAAAUCGCAACGUUGAGAAUAAUCAUGAGGCUGAUGGUAGUAGUCGACCAGGCUGUACUGUAUGCUCCAGUCUCCUAUGGAACGCCGAUGGGGAAAUAGUCAGGGAUUGCUCAAAAGCAGUUCCAGGUUGGCUUAACAGCAGAGUGUGUGGUGUCCUUUCUAAUCUACUAAUUUUAACAUUCCUCGGUUGCUCCACAUUCACACUAGGUUGGUAUGUAGUUACGUAUUGGGGUCAAAUCAGCAAUAUCAACCAUUUAGUGUCUUUCUUUGCAUUUGGUGACAUCAUAGUCGGGGUGGCUUUAGUUUGUACAUUGUCCAACGCGGUCCAGUACCGUCGUCGGGAACCAGUGCGUGAUUGGUCGUGGUACGAUGUGCUUCAUCAGGACUACAUACUGAGGCGUUUGAGAUGCCUGGCCGGUCGCAGGUUCCUCUUACCCAAGAAGGUGUUUUUGAUCUUCAGUUUAGUCUGGCUACUUGUAGUGAAUACCAUGCAGGUUGUACUUUUGGUUAACUCUCUAAGUCGAGUCAAUGCGACGUUAUUAACCAACGACUCCUGCAUGCCCAUGGGUAUUUCAUUAAUUGAGAAGUCUCCACCCACUAAGGCGUUUACGAUUUUGAACACGACCAUGGUGAUAUUCGUGUCAAUCAUCGGUCUCGCCAUCUACACACUUUUCUGGUAUAACAUACUUGUCAUGCGCACAGCUUUGGCAACCGAGUUAAAUCUGGUGAUAGUUUUCAUCAAGCGCAAUACGGGGAACUUAGACUUGUGUCGUCGCCGUGUAUUUGAGGUCAAUCAUGAUUUCCGUAUUCUGCACGUGUUGUUGGCGACUCUGAUGCCGUUCAUUGUCGCUUCUUCCGUUCUGGGUCUCACAGUCCACAUCACGUGGAACUACCAAAUCUACAGCGAGAAAGACAAAGGCAUCGCGAUGCGAAACCUUCUAAUCAACAUCUUCAUCUUCACUUCGAAAUGUUUUAUUCUCAUCUUACCUUUACUAGCAGUGGGUGGGAUCAACAUUGAUUUCAUCUGGCAGCAGUUUAAUUACGCCCUCAUGCGGCAGAGAAACAGUCUUCAUGAGGAGUUUUGGGAGCGGCUUUUGGGGUUUACUGCCGAGCUACAAGAUGAACGUAAAGCCGGCCAUAACUUGAUGUUGUUUCUCUCACUGAUCAGUUUAUAUCUUGGUCACAAUUUGGCAGAUCAGCGACUUGAUUACACGACUAACCAUGGGCUCUUGUAGUGUGUAAAGAGCAGAGUAAGAUCACUUGUUCACAAAGAGCUACGAUUCGUCUUAAAGGCAAUGGGUCGUUAUUUUACAAGUUCAAACUUAGCACUAGUCCUAGAUCUCGUCAUGGGAAAACUUAAGACAAGUCUUAAGGACGAGUAACUCAUCCCAAAUUGAGAUAAGACUACCUUUCAUCGAAACAUACCAUAACUCUGGAUACUUCCAAUCUUAAAAAUUAUCAACGGGGCGCUCGUAUCCCCCCCCCCCCUAGGUAGGUCACUGCCCUUGUUCAUCAAAACUGAAAGAAAAGACGGGAUUUUUUGUUAAGUUCCCUAGUUCCUUAAACAAGCUAAAAAUAGAUGAGGAUAUAUUUUUAACAUUAUUGUUCCU